UCAGCGCAAGACCCGUGGCUUCACUCCGGAAGACAGAAAAUAAGUAAGCAAGCGCAGCCACUAAGCACCUGUCCCUUCUUGGAACUCAGCGGCUGCCUCUCCCAGGGCGCUGCCCACGUGCCCGCCACCCGCGCACCCAGGGAGAGUUGGGGGUGGCGCGUGCGCUUGCGCAAAUCGCGGGGGCGUGGCCAGGGCUGAGGCCCGCCGGCGUCCCCCGGUUGCUAGGAGACGGGCUUACACAAGCCAGGCUGAAGUUCUGCGGCAUCUUUCUCUGCUCCCGCGUCCCCUGGCCCAGCCGCGAUGGCGGACUCCGAGGCCGAGGUCCUGCGCAGCACCUUUCCCUCCUACAUGGCGGAGGGCGAGCGGCUCUAUCUGUGUGGAGAGUUCGCGAAGGCCGUCCAGAGCUUCAGCAACGCGCUUCACCUGCAGAGCGGGGACAAGAACUGCCUGGUGGCCCGCUCCAAGUGCUACCUGAAGAUGGGGGACCUGGUGAGGUCCCUGAAGGAUGCCGAGGCCUCGCUGCAGAGCGACCCAACCUUCUGCAAGGGCAUCCUGCAGAAAGCAGAGACGCUGUACACGAUGGGGGACUUUGAGUUUGCCCUGGUCUUCUAUCACCGAGGCUACAAACUGCGGCCGGAUCGGGAAUUCAAAGUGGGAAUUCAGAAAGCACAGGAGGCCAUCAACAACUCGGUGGGAAGUCCUUCCUCAAUUAAGCUGGAGAAUACAGGGGACCUCACCUUCCUGAGCAAGCAGGCCGAGACCAUGAAAGCCCAGCAGCAGCCCCAGCCCUCGAAGCAUCGGCUGCACCAGGUACAGAUGGAGUCGAAGCGGAAGGGCUCGCUCAAGAGCGAGAAGACCAUGCGCCAGCUGCUGGGUGAGCUCUACGUGGACAAAGAGUACCUGGAGAGGCUGCUGUUGGAUGAAGACCUCAUCCGGGGUACCAUCCGGAGCGGAGUGACGGUGGAGGACCUCAUCCUGACCGGCAUCAACUACCUGGACACCCGCAGCAGCUUCUGGCAGCAGCAGAAGCCGAUCUAUGCCCGCGAGCGCGACCGGAAGCUGAUGCGGGACCGCUGGCUGCGCGACCGCGGGCGGACACCGGCGCAGACCGUGCACUACGUGCUCAAGAGCCUGGAGGACAUCGACAUGCUGCUGAGCAGUGGCAGCGCCGAGAGCAGCCUGCAGAAGGCCGAGAAGGUGCUGAAGAAGGUGCUGGAGUGGGGCCCUGACGACGUGCCCAACAGGGACGAGCUGCUGGGCAACCUGCACAGCUGUAUCGGGAACGCGCAGCUGGAGCUGGGCCAGACGGCGGCCGCGCUGCAGAGCCACCGCCGGGACCUGGACAUCGCCCGGGAGCACGACCUCCCUGAUGCAAAAUCCAGAGCCCUGGACAACAUCGGCAGGGUCUUCGCCCGCAUCGGGAAGUUCCAGCAGGCCAUCGACACGUGGGAGGAGAAGAUCCCUCUGGCCAAGACUGCCCUGGAGAAGACCUGGCUGCUGCACGAGAUUGGGCGCUGCUACCUGGAGCUGGACCAGGCCUUGCAGGCCCAGCAUUACGGGGAGAGAUCACUGCAGUUUGCCGAGGAAGAGGGUGACAUUGAGUGGCAGCUGAAUGCCAGCGUCCUGGUAGCCCAGGCACAAGUGAAGCUGAGAGACUUCGAAUCGGCUGUGAACAACUUCGAGAAGGCGCUGGAGCGGGCGAAGCUGGUGCACAACCAGGAGGCGCAGCAGGCCAUCAUCAGCGCCUUGGAUGACGCUAACAAGGGCAUCAUUGAAGAGCUGAAGAAAACCAGCUACAAGGAGAUGUUCAGAGUCACAGAAGAAGUCCUUGUGGAGCCCGAGGAGGAGCCGGCCAAGAAGGAGUCGAAGCGCACGCCGGAUGCACCCGAACGGGUGAUGCGACAGUGGGACAGGGAGCCAGUGAGGGAGGCUUCGGACGAGGAGCUCCACUUGGCCCUGCAGGGAGCGCGGAUGGACAGGAGUGGACGUAGCUCCUCGGAGGAGGCAGCCGUGGGCAGGACACCCAGCGGGGACACGAUGCCUCCUGGGGAGAACAGAUCACCACCGCCGAGAGAGCUCUACCGGAGGUCCUCGGGGGAGCUGGCGGGUGACCUGGAAGAGUCCCGCGGAGAGGACUCGGGCGGAGCGGAGGGGCCAGGGCCCAAGGCCGGAGGGGGAGAGCUGGGCCCGGGGGAGGGUGGAGCCCCGAGAGCAGCGGAGAGCGCCGCAGGGGCGGAGGCGCGCCCCGGAGACGGAGCGCCGUAGGUCUGCACUUGCACUGGUCAU